UCGCAUAGGCGCAACCAGUCCAGUCGAGUGCGGACUCGAGACAAGAUCGCUUCGCAGGCGUCAUCGUAUAGGCAACAUGCGAGGGACACCGUCCAGUCGGCGAUAGAACUGAAGCCGCCGAUCAGCCUCGAUCAUCUUCUCCGAAGAGAAAAGAGAAUUUCGAACACCAGCAAGCAAGGUGCUCUUCCAGCUGCUCAGCCGCUAUGGGAGGAAGCAGGGAACACUGUCGUUCAGGAGACUGUGCAAGACCAAGCUCGGUGGAGGCUACAAGUCGGCCCGGCGGAGAUUGCGAAGGUCAAGGAAACAAAUGUCCAGCGGGAGGCUGAUCUUCGUGAGAGCCUUAAACAUAUCGAGGAUACGGCGAUGAGCAGUAUACGCGAGCUUGAUUCGACGUACUAUGCUGUGCUGGAGAAAGCUGCAACUUUACGGUCUACGGUCUCUAGCCUCCAACGUCUGGCCGAGGAAAGCCAGCGCAUGAAUGCCGAAUUCAGGAACGAAAGUGCAAAUUUGGAACAGCGGACGACCAGAAGUCUUGAUAGCCUGGACGGUUAUAAUGCUCAAGAGCGAACGAUCAACGAUUUGGUCGCAAAACUAGAAAACGCGCAAAGUAAAAGGGAGAGACUCAACCAGCGCCUCGAAGAUGCACAACUCCGCAUGGAGAAGUUUGAGCUAAGAUCGAAAGAGCUCAGCAAUGCUCGCCGCAGUCGAUGGAGAGUACUUUGGACCGUCGUCGUGACUUUGAUC